AUGGCUUUAGAUUCUGCAGAACCGGGGUUAUCUGGAGUACCCCGGACAAUCAGCAGCGACGGCCAGUUGGAGGCUCUACUCCGUCAUCACAAUAUGUUCCCAUCAGAGGACGAGAUCGCUCAUCGCCAGCGAAUGUUUGAGUUGAUCAAGAGCACAGUUGAACGGCAAGUCAUGAACAACGACGUCGCCACGAGACUAAAUCUUUCCUUCGUCGUGGUGCCUGUCGGAUCUCAUGGGCUGACCGUAUGGGAUUGUUCGUCCGACAUGGAUUGCCUUGCUAUCGGCACAAUCAGUCCUACGGUCUUUUUUGCUCUGAUGGCACAGAAGAUUCAUUUUCCAGAGAGCCAGGAAGUAAAAAUCUUCAGAAAGACCAACGACGCUUCUGGCACAAUGUUAGGGUUGCAAGCUGGGGGUGUUUGCUUUAACCUGCAAUACUGUGCCGCAACGAAAGUGACAGAGUGUUGGCCUCAGGCAUUAGAAUUGCCCUCCUCACAUCCGGCUUUUGACGUACCUAUGCAGUCCUUGCUCAAGCUCAAUGCUGUUCGAGAUCUCCACUAUUUGCAGCACACUAUUACUCACCUUGCUAGUUUCCGCCUGGCGUAUCGUGCAAUCAAGACAUGGGCAAAGGACCGCGGUAUCUACUCAUCGAAGUUUGGCUAUCUGGGCGACAUGCAUAUUACCCUACUUCUCGCUCGCGUCUGCAAGACAUCUUUCCACGAAGGCUAUGCAACCUCUGCUUCAGAGAUACUUCAAGCGUAUUUCAAACACUAUGCAAACUUUGAUUGGCAAAAGGAAAUGAUAUACGAUCCUACAUAUUACGCAGACACGACGCCCAGUUAUCAUAGAUCAUACAGAGAACCGUUGGUUAUUUUGAGCAUUCACCCACCAAAAGUUAAUGUUGCUCAAACAGCAACAGUGCCCUCCGUGAAGACGCUUAGGGAGGAGUUCAAACGAGCCGAACAGCUCAUUUCUAGACUAGGGGCCACCUGGGUGGGUGGUAUAGACACAGAUGCUAAACCCACGGGUUACGUCGAUUUUCUCAACUCCUACAUCAAUUAUAUUAAAUUGGAUGCCAAUUAUUGGGGAGGAGCACAGAUUAAAUGGCUCAAGCUAGUCGGAUGGUUGGAAACCCGCUGUGUAUACCUACUUGGUGAUAUCAAUCGGAGGUUCCCUGGCAUUCACGCACGAAUCUGGCCAGGUCUAUUUACAGAGAGCGAGGAAGGACAGAUUGAAAAGCAGGUCGAGUACCGAGGUUGCUUUUUAAUUGGUCUAGCAAAGAAUGAUAACAUUUCCAAUCAACCCUUCUCCGAUGAUUCAGAUCGGCACUCUGCACAUGUUUCACUCCUUGCCUUGCUCGAAAGUUUCGCAGAGCAGAUCCGCUCUAACGAGGCAUAUUUUGAUAAACAUGUCUUGUGGGCAGAUGUUGCUUUUGUUAAGCAGUCAGAACUUAAAGAUGUGCGUCUAUGUGACUCGGAUUGGACAAACACAGUAGUUAGCCACGGCGAAGACUUGGACUUGGACGAUGGUUUCGAACACGACAUCGACAAUGGUUCCAUUGAAGGUGGUGGUACAGUUCAGGAUUCUAAUAAAUCUCAACAAAUUGAUCAGCCCGUGCAUUCGGCAAAUGUUGCUGCUAAACCAAAACUGCGCCCUGCAGAAGAUGUUAUUAGCCGUCUUCGAUGGGAUCCGUCAUUUGACGCUGCCGAUUAUGUGGUUGGCUAUCUGGACCGUUUUAUUGGCGAGAAAGAAGUGCCAGUCAGCCUCUGGAAGUCGGAGCAGACGGACGAAGAGUUCAUUCCCAUGCACCGCGUUCUCUACUUUAAGAGAAGGAGUGAUGGACAGCGUGUCUGGGACCGCCAGAAAAGGAUUGAUCUUAUUUUCAAUACUGGUGACACCGCGAAUGGCCUGUAA